AUGAGCUACUCUAUCCGCCACCUCAGCGACCCUACCGAGCUUGAGCUGGUAGCGACAUCCAAAGCUAUCUCAACGGCUCUCAAAGAUGACGGCUUCAUCAAGAUGACUAUCGGCCGCGAUCCUGAGCUCGUCGUCCCCUUCGUCAACGCUGUAUUGGUGGCAGGGAUGAUAGAAGGCGAAAUUCACGUCGCUGAAGAUGCGAACGGCACAAUCGUUGGAGGCGCUGUGUGGUUUGGCCCCGGCUCAGAAUUCUGUCACAGGUUGGUCGUCGUUUGGCGAGGCACAGCGGAGAGGGUCCUCGUUCCGCUUCUCGCCCAGUUUGACGACGAGCUGCAGACAUGGUGGAACGACAAGUUUCUACCCGAGUACCACGGCGCUAUCGACCAAGAGCUGGGUCCCAGUAAACGACUAAGAUCCUAUCACCUACAGCUCAUCGGCAUCGCUCCUAACCAUCCGUCUCAGCAGUUAGCGACAAGAAUGAUCCGGGCCGUGCUUGAGAAGGCGCAGAAACAUGGCUACGAUUCCCUCGCCGAAGCAACAAACGUUAUAAAUAAGCAACUAUUUGAGCAUCUCGGAUUCAUCGACAGAGGUCAGAAGGAGUUCUUGGGGGUGAAGGGGAAUGAUAAAGCCUCUAUGUGGAUAAUGGUCAACCCCGCGCCGCCCAGAACCGACGCAGGAACAAGCUACAUGGCCUAA